GAUGUCAGUAAAGUGUUUGAAUCUCAAAAAUAUAAAAACAAUACAAAAAACGCAUAUAAAAUACGUAAAAUUUGCUUUAGAACAGAUGAAAAGGUACUGGAAGACAUACUAGAUAUGACACAGAAUCACAAACAGUUAUUUGUCCACUGUGUCCAAGUGCUGAAUACUUAUAAUGUGGAUACACAAUCUGUAGAGGAACAUGUCAACAGAUAUCUCAAAGAAAAUGGGAUCUUUGAUGAAAGUGACCAAACUUUCAUUGUUGAAGUUUUUUCUGAAUGUGUGAGAUAUUCCAACUUAAUGGAAGUUGUCCUAAAUGGUUUUUACAAUAAAGAUGGAAAAACUACACUUCGUUCAGAACAGAACUUAUAUCAUGUGAUUUGUUACCUGGCAACCUUCCGAUUAGAUGAACUUGGAAUGGCUCACUUCAGAAAGUUUGUUAGCUCACAAGAUAUCAACAAAAUGUAUAGGUUUUUAUCAUUUUUCCUGAAUGAGAGGAAUUUGCUGACCUGGAUAAAAGAUGGUUGGGAGAAAUACUAUGAACAUGUGUUUGUACAAACCUCACUGCUGUCCCCAUUACAACGAUGGAUGCCGGAAAUUGAUGACAUGUUAUCAUUGAUGAAAAACACAAUUGAUAACCGAUUAAAACCAAAAUCCAGAGCAGGUUCUGUCACAGAGACCAGACCUUUUAACAUAACACAACCUAGACCUAGAAGUAUUCCUGUACCUGAACCUAUACCAAAGUUAAAGAAACACAAACCAGCUCCUGUGACACUAUAUGAUAAACCUGUAGAGAUAGAAAUGAUACAGAGAACCAAGGAAGCUAAUAGAAGAAGGGCUGAGGAAAGAUUAAUGGAAGCUUCCAGGUUACAGUAUGCCUGUGCAAAUCCAAAUAAAUCACAGAAAACCAAGGAAAUUAUAAGCAAUAUAAUCUAUGAGGAAGAAAGUAAAAUAGACUUUGAGAAACAUAAAGCUAACCCAACUCCUGCUUUCCUGUCCACUCCAGAGAUAUCAGAUAUGACCCCCACCAAAUGGAGGGCCAUACUUAGUCGAGAAGUUCCUGUAAAAAUGAAUACUGCCCAGAUUUUAAGAGAAGGAAAGUUAUAUCAACAGAGGGAAGAAGAGAUUAUUAAAAAAUUAGAGAAUUUAGAAGCUGGUGCAAAAGAUGCUAGUGACUUUUUGAAAUGGCAGUCUGAAAUGAGACAGAAAGAUCUGGAGAGCAAACUAGCAGACAUAGAAAGAAGGAGAUUAGGAGGGAAGCUAAGUCAUGAGGAAGCCAUCUUUGCCAGGCAGAAUCUCAUCAAAGAUAACAAACAAAAAGUUCUAGAAAUGAAGGAAGAGACUAAGCAAAUGAUGCAAGAAUUCUUAGAAAAAAAAUUUAAAGAAGAAAAAGAGAUGAGAAACCUUGUUGAAGAAACUAUGCAGGGCCACAAGAAUACAAAAGAAGCCACAAAGAAAUUAAAGGACUAUAAAAGAAAAAUUGUCCAGGAAGUCAAUGAAGAGAGCAAAGAGCUAAUGAAACAGGCUUUGGAAGAGGCUGAAUUGGAAAUGCGAAGAAAAAUGGAAUUAAUACACCAAAUAAAAGCCAUGGAGGCUGUUCCUAUCAUACGACAGAAAUUAGUGGACCUUUCUGAAUCUGCUGGUCAUGGUUUACUGAGUGAAAUGUCUAUAGCAGAGUUAAGAGAAAGAGUUUCUUUAUGUAAAGCUGCAGAGAAGGAAUCAGAGGAAAACAGAAGAGAUGACAUACUUCAGAAUAAAGAGGCUAAAGAUCAGCUCUUACUGAAUACAUUAGAAACAAUUUCUAAACACAGACUAGAACAAACUAGAGCGGCUGCCACCAGAUUAGAAACUAAGAAGAAAUCAGAACCAAAGAAAAUAGAAUUGAAAGAUGAAAAACUCACAGAAUUACAGAAGAAACUUGAAGAGAGAAAAGCCCAGAGAAUGAAAGAAAGGGAAGCAGCUAAAUUAGGAACAAAACGGAAUUCAGCUGAUAAUAGAACAAGAAGUCUUAUUAAUCAGAAGAAAGCCCUAGAAGAGAACAGAUGGAGAGAACUUGAGCUUACACAAGAGAGAGCAGCUAAACUAAUGGACGGAAGUCUAGGGAAAAGUAAAUCUGCAUCCCGACUAGCUUCUAAUAUGGUUAUGACAUAGACACUCUGGUUGAUUUUUAUAAAACACACUGUUAGAGGCAUUCCAAUUUAAGAAAGACUUAUUCCAAAUGCCUCAUUGAUUUUGUUAAAGCCCUUUCUGUGAUAACUGCUGAAAGUAUAUAUUAUGGUCCCUGGAUAUUUCACAAAUAAUUGCUAAUAAAAAAUAAAGUAUGAAGGAUUAUGCAGAAAAGUUUUAAUUCUCAAAAAUCUAAUUAGAAUGAAAGGAAUAAUUAUUUGUGAAAAAGUGGCCAGUUUAAUGUUUUAUUGAGUAUUAUUUUAUUUUUUAGACAUAAUUUCAUGGCUAUCAAAACAGGUUACUGAAGGAAUAUUGAAACCAAUGAAAUGUUCUUUUAUUUAAAUAGAUUCUCUGAGAUAAAUUAAAAGAAUGUUGAUUUUACCAUAAAGAGUUUAUCAUAUAAAAUACUUAUUUUUGGUAAACUUUUGUAUAAGUAAAAUGUAUAAAUAUUGAAUAUUUUAAGGACAAUAUGAAUUUAUUUCUGUAUGUUUUGCUAUAUUUAUUAUGGAUUGGUUGUAUCAGUGUCAUAGAACAAAGCAUUUUUAUAAAAGUUUCAAUAUGCUGCAGAUGAAUUUCUUUGGCUAAAACAUUAAUAUCUAGACUAUUAAGCUAACAAGUACAAUUUUAAUUUUCCAGUGACUGUUCAUAACCAUUUGUUAGGCCUUGGUAAUUCAUAUAGAUAUAUAUGUUAAGCUACAUUUAAAUGACCUGUUUGAUGUUCUAGCCACUGAAGUUCUUUUGUACCAUCAUGAACAUUCCAUCCACGAUGUUACUUUUUACAUCAAUUGUUUUUAUUUUGUGACUAUUUAUUAAACAAUGUUUUGUA